GAAAGUCAUUCCACUUCUUAGCAGUAGACUUUGGUGUCAACAUAACCUAAUGGUCGUGGUGUGUACAGUGCGUCGUUAUAUUUUGGUUAAUAAAAUAAUUAAAUAAGUAACGCAAUGAAUCAUCAUGCAGAAAAUGUCGUGAUAUUGGAUUUCAUAUUUACUUCAUCAAGCAGUAGUGAUGAUAGUGAUGACGAAAUGAAUGGAGUGAACAAUGUAAUUUUCGAAGUGGAUAAUGAUCGUAUCGAGCGAAGAAUUCCAAGAGUGCAGAAUUUUAUAGAAAAUGUCAUUUUAAGAUAUAACGACAUAGAAUUUAAAGAAACAUUUCGAAUGAGCCGUACUACCUUUGAGUACUUAUUACUUUUAAUCAGGCCAAAUCUAGAAGGCUUAAAUGAAUUUGGAAAUAUGCCUAUCAAUCCUGAUAAACAAUUGUACAUAACUCUAUACGUAUUGGGAACGCCAGAUUCUUACAGAUCAGUAACUACAAAAUUUAAUGUUGGGAAAGCUACUGCUUGGCGAGCAGUGAGAAGAGUCGUACGAUCAAUUUGUCAAUACAGAAAUUAUUUUAUUCGAUGGCCAUCAGCAAGAGAAGCUGCAGAAACAUCUAUGCGAAUAGCAAGAAGGCGUAGACUUCAUGGUGUUAUUGGUGCAGUAGAUGGAACACAUAUUCGUAUUGCAGCUCUAAGAGUAGAUUCCCAAGCUUACAUUAACCGUAAAGGAGUCCAUUCUAUACAAUUACAAGUUAUCUGCAACGACAAAUUAGAAUUCAUUCACUGCUAUGCUGGUUUACCAGGGUCAGUGCAUGACACGCGUGUUUUCAGAUACUCAGGUGUACAGCAGAGAUGUACUGAUGAAUAUUUUCCAAAUAAUACUCACCUGUUAGGUGACUCUGCUUACACUUUGCAAAAUCAUGUAAUAGUGCCAUACAGAGAUAAUGGGCACUUAACUGUAGAGGAAGUUCACUUUAAUCAUGUCUUAUCUGGUACUCGAAUGAUGGUUGAGAGGUCCAUUGGUCUUUUGAAAGUUCGAUGGAGGUAUUUCUUGGAUAAAUUGCCUAUGAGGCGAACAGAUCUAAUACCUUACUACAUAGUGUGUGCUUGCGUGCUGCAUAACAUAUGCUUGAAAGUAGAAGAUACGUUUGAAUAUCCAGUGAUAAUACCUGAUACAAUAGAUGUGAAUCCAGAGCCAAUGGAUGUUAAUAUAGCAGAGCAUCAAGAUGCUAUCGCCAAGAGGGAAAACUUAACAAAUAUUGUAAAUGCAGACAUAUUAUGAAGAGAAUUGUAAUAAUUAUUGUAAUUGUAAAUGUAAUAUAAUAAAAUAAAAUGAAUUGUAAUUAAGUAUAAAAUGAAUUUUAUGCUUGAUUUUUGUGUAAAUCAAAUAUUUUGUAAUUUUCAGAAUAAAAAAUCAUAAUUAAUA